UUCAGCUUGUGUCCGACUUCUGGUUUCGCCGGCGUCUCCCUCGGGUUUCAUCUGGGUUUUGUUCUGUGUGGAUGUAAACAUGAUGGAGCCUCCUCACGGCAGCCUGAACAGUCCGACCGUGGAGCUGGAGAGUCUGCAGCUGUGUGACCGGGAAGGCACGGAGUCUGCGGACAGCGGCAUCGGGGAUGUGGACGACCUGCCGGUUCCUCAGCGGAUCCACAUCAGUAACAUCACCUGUGAUUCGUUCAAGAUCGACUGGGACAUGGACAGCAGAGGCCGAGAGAGGAUCACACACUACUUCAUCGACCUCAACAAGAAGGAGAGCAAGAAGGAGAACAAGUUCAAACACAAGGACGUGCCGACUAAGCUGGUGGCGAAGACGGUUCCCCUGCCGAUGACGGUGAGAGGUCACUGGUUCCUGAGUCCUCGUACAGAGUACACGGUGUCCGUCCAGACGGCCGCCAAGCAGCCAGACGGAGACUACAGCGUUUCUCAGUGGAGCGAGGUCACCGAGUUCUGCACCGCAGAUUACUCCACCGUCCAUCUGAACCAGCUGCUGCAGAAGGCCGAGGCCGUCGCCGGCAGGAUGCUGCCGUUCGCCGUCUUCUACAGAAACCAGCAGAGGGAGUACUUCCAACAAGCCAGCCCCUCUUAUCGUUCCAGAGACGCUCAGUGCCGUCGGAUGCUGCCGGCGGUUAAAGACAACAGCGGCAGCCACGGGUCGCCCAUCAGCGGCAAACUGGAGGGGAUCUUCUUCAGCUGCAACACAGAGUUCAACACAGGAAAACCCCCCCAGGACUCCCCGUAUGGACCCUUCCGCUUCCAGAUCCAAGCAGACGUCCUGUUCAACCAAAACACCAAUGUCUACUUUGGGGAUUUCUACUGCAUGUACACGUCCUACCACUACGUCAUCCUGGUCCUGGCUCCCGACAGCUCCGAAGGGGACGUCUUCUGUAAAGGGAGGCUGCCGGCCCUGGACAGAUCCGACAACCGCUUCCUGACCUGCACCAAGGAGGGUGACGGCUCACUGUCUUUCCGUCACGCUCAGGACGUCAUCCUGGAGGUGAUCUACACGGAACCGGUGGAUCUGUCUUUGGGAACCAUAUCGCAGAUCAGCGGCCACCAACUGAUGAGUCAGUCCACGGUCAACGCCAAGAAAGACCCCAGCUGCAAGAUCUGCAACAUCAGUGUGGGACGUUAAUGGGAUCUUUAGACUGGACACCCAGCUAACCUGCUAAUAACUAGUAGUAGCUAACAAGCUACUAACUAAGUUCAACACUGACUCUUUGUGGAAUGACUGACGGAUUAUUCCUGAUGAUCAAAGAGUAACUUAAUACUAAACCUGCUUUUUAAACACACACAUAUAACCAUUAGUUAGAAUACCACCGGCUGAUUCUGGUGUUAUACCAUCACCAUUUCUUACAGCCAGAAUUCACAGAACCACGGUUACAUAUGUAACUGAAACAACAUUGGGAGCUAAAGUGAAACCAGAACUUUUGGGUUAAAUUACACCAGUAAGGGAGCUCAUUCAAAUAACUGACAUUUGUAACCACGCAAAUGUUUAAAAAUCCACCACCUGGUUUACGUCUCUAGAUCAUAUGGUUAGAUCAGAAGUUCCCAAGGUCGGUGCCGACAUGGACAGGCCGAGAUUCGUUUCAAUGUUUUUUCCUUAACAUAGCGACUUUUAUGUUACGUUUUAAAACAAAUGAAACAGAAAAAUAAAAUCCUUGUAUUAAAAAUGCUAUUUUAAAAAGAGACGGACCAUAGUGAGUUAAACUGUCUGUAAGAACAACAGGACAGUGGAGCGUCUGUGGAGAGAUUUUGAAAAAAUCUGAAUUCAGAAGAGAGCGUUGGUGAGUUUUGUGGAUAUGGAGGAAACCAGGCUGCGAUGACCUAAGUAUCUGUAGUUAUUGUUCGUUUAACUUGCGCAUCUUCGCACGGCCUCAUCCACAAUGCACCGACAUGGGGCCGAACCUGCAGCCUCGUCUCGCUCCACAUCUUCAUUUAGUUCUUUUCUGUCCACCUGCUUCUUGACAUUCAUCAUCCAUGUGCAUGGAUUUGAUGCAGUCAGAGUUUUCAGCACCAAAACCUCUUUCCAUUCAUUUCUACAACAAAAACAUUUAUUGUGGAAUAGUUUUUAGAAUCCAGUCAUCUCUCCGUCUUCUAUCUCCUCAUCGGGGGGGCGCCUGGCAGUCUCCGCCCUGAGCAGCCGAAGGGAACCGUCCAUCAAACUGAGCUGCACAUCUUCUCCUCGGCUCACUUUCUCUGGACUCAUCAUAAAAACUUCCCCUCUCAUCCUUUUAACCCUCUAAAGCUGCUCCUUAAAACCAGCUGGACAAAUGUCCCGAACGGCGCCAGGCGGGAGGACCCGAAGGAGGCUUCUGAACCGAACCCGUGAAAGCCGUGACAUUUUCUGCGAUAGGACGGAGCCUGACGACGCACUGGCAAAUGACGGAUUAUGCCUCUGUCACCGUGGCAACCUCGAGAUUAUGUAAUGCCACAUGCAGAGGAUUGACAGCUGCAAAACUCUUAAUUUUUCUAAUCAGAUUAGGACGCAUAAGACACUUCCUUUAACUCUGUCAAACAGCCUCUUAAACUUAACUCUUUAAUCCGUGUCUCCUUGGCAGGAGGGAGGAAAGAGAAAAUAGCACAAUAAAGGUACCACAUGAAGAUGUAUAAAAUAAUAAAACUAAUAAUUAUAAUGGGGUGAAUAGUACUACUAAUAAAACUAGAUAUAAUAAUAGAUGAUAAUCAUAAUAACUGAAGCAGUGGGUGGUGAACAGGAUCAUGGGGCAGUAGGUGGUUUACAGUCACAGAUCCAGACUCUGCAGCACCAGGGGCAGAAACACCUGCAGAAAGCAACAGGAAGAGAGAGGAGUGAGACGAGGAAGGACAAAACUACGUCAGGGAGAAGAAGCCAAGUUAGUAACGAGCAUUGACAACUGAGGUUCAUGGAGUGUUAGUAAUAAUAUUGCGUAAAGGAAGCAUAUAUAAGGUGAAUAGAACUGGUCCAAGCACAGAACCUUGUGGAACUCCAUGAUUAACUUUUGAGUAUA